AUGGCAGAUAUCCAACGUCACUUUACGGAAGAGAUCGAGGUGUACGAACAUGAGCCUGAGCCUGAGAAAGAGCAGACAGAAGAGGAUGAGAAGAUGGAGCUGUGGUGUUUGAUUGUUGGGAUGAUUGGAACAGCGUUUCCUGUUCUUGUCAAGGCAACGGACCGCGUCUGGGAGCUACAAAAGAUGAUUCGGAACGAAGCUGCAGAAAUCUACGGAGACUUAAAUGCUGCUCAAAUACAGUUAUUCCUGGCGAAGAAAGACAAUGGCGAGUGGCUUACGGCUACGGAAGUUCAGGACAUUGAGAACGGGAACAUUGAGUCGGCGCUCUCUCUUUUAGACAGAGGACACUUGAUAUCUAUGAGCCGAUUGGCGGAUUCCUUCACAAACCGCGAUGUUAACGCCGUCCAUGUUCUAGUACCAGCACCUUCAAUGACGUCAGAUGUACAUGUAGAAAUGGGCAUUGGUUGCAAGCGAAAACGAUUGAAGCAAUCGAUCGGAGAUGUCGAGACGAUGCCAGUUUUCACAGAAGAGCUGGAGAUGCUUUUUGAUGUUUUGGGGCAACAUAAACCAAACGAAGAACAGGUGAUUUCAACUCGAGCUUUGAGUAAGUUUUGCAAAAGGCUUGGGGGAUUUCCAGUGUCGUAUUUCGUGCGAAAGGAGGAGCUCAUGCUUUGGAGACUGGUCUUAGGGGUUAUGUCGAAUAAAGGAAAACGUGUUGUGAUUUUGGGCUCAGCAGGUGUCGGUAAGUCCUGUUUCCUCAUGCUUGUGAGCGUCUACUUGGCAUUUGUUGAGAAGCGGAAGGUUUUAGUCAUUCGACGAUUGAAAAAAAACGCUGAAGCGAGCGCCGUGAUUUUUCUCAACGGUGAAAACAAAACAUGCAUUCGGAAUGCUAACCUAAGCGCUGCAAAAAUCUCGUCACUUCCUGACAACAAAGACUUUCAGGACGCUUUGAUAUGCGUUGACGGAUAUUCCCACCAAGAAGUCGACCAUCAUUUUGGCCUUCUUUCCUUUCAGCUGCUUUUGACAUCCGAAAAGGACAAGAUAACCUCCGACGACUCAACUUGUGAAAUGAUGCUACCAGGAUGGCGGUAUGAUGAUCUGCUUCAAUACGCUCAGUCGACGCUAGAUGCAUGGAAAAAAACAACGGGGCUUGAUCAGGAAAAGCAAAACGACACAGCUGACCUUGUCAAGGACCAGUAUUUUUACAGUGGAGGAAGUCUCCGCAAUUUUUGCAGGAGCCGCAAAGAUAUGAAGAAUGAAUUGAAUGGAAUGUGUGACAUUGUGAAAAGGAUGCACACCGUUGAUUGGGAAGACGUUGACCCGCAGCGUAUCGCGUCAUUCGAUCAAAUGCAGCGAUGGUACGUUGUAGACCCAAGUGACGAAAAGCACUAUUGCUUAUCUAGUUAUUGGAAAGCUCAGAUGGAUUCUGGGUAUGUAUUUGAUCAGAUAGGUCGCUUUAUAGCUUGGGAGAAAGAUCUUGACUACUAUCAAUUCGCUCAACAGACCAGAGCUGGAUACUGGGGCUCGAUAUAUAAGCAAUACUUCCAUGCCUCUGUUCGUCGGUCGACACAGAAGUCUCCUUUGCAGAUGGUAAACGUCGUUGUUAACUCAAACCCGUCGUACUCGAAUCAGAAAUAUGAUCGCAUCGAGAUAUGUGGUCAAGUUAUUGAAUGUGAGGGUGCGACGGAGGAAGAAUGCUACGAACACCUGUCAGCACUUUCUUCGAGAACAUGUUGGCAUCCAGACGGCGUAAACUUCUUUCCAAUCGAUGCGGUGGUAAUGUGUGACGCUGUGCUAAGAGGAAGUAAUGUGAGUGAAACGAUCCUGGCCGUUAUUUGCACGACUGUUAGCACUACGACAACGUUUGAUCCGAACUUUUGGAAGAGAUUCAAUAGGGUACUUGACGACAAUGAGAGAAUUUCCAGGGCUAUUCCACGUGCAUUUGUGGUGACAGGGCCAGAUGCCAGCACAUGCAAGCGUUUUUCCUUGAUCAAUGCUCCUGUUUCAGACGACUUCAUGGUAUGCUGCUACGAUCCAUUGAAGUUUUUUCGAAAACGCCCAAAUGCCAGAAUAGCGUGA